UUACCCACACAUAUCUGAUAUUCGAAAAUACUUCCUCGUGGCACGAUGUCCUCGCGAUCAUUCUUAAGAUUGAAGAGGAAGGUAGGUAGAGCCUUAGACGUAGAUGCAUUUUCAAAUUUAGUGAAGCAUGAUUGAGGUGAUAGUGAUGCCACUUCACAGCCAAGGUCAUAUGAACACCAUGCUCCAAUUCGCCAAGCGUUUAGUUUGGAAAGGCGCGGGCACCAUACACGUGACUGUCGGUACCACCCUUUCCACCACACAAAAAGUGUCAAAUAACUUGGAACUCAUAUCAAUUGAGAGCAUUUACAACGACACCAUCAAGGAAGAUCGACUUAGUGACCUCAAAGCCCAUAUGGAUAAAUUCAAGGCGGAAGCCUCAGGUCAAUUAAGCCGCCUCAUCAGUAAUAGCAGCAACUGUGCAGGAUCAAACAAAUGUCUGCUGGUUUACGACGCCAGUUUUCCAUGGGCGCUGGAAGUAGCCAAAGAGCAUAACAUACUGGCUGCGGCAUUCUUCACUCAGGCAUGUACUUUUAUGGCAUCUGUUUAUCCUCUGUUUGUCCAGGAGUAUCCUCUUAUUGCUGCUGCUCAUGCUCAUGCUCAUGCUCAUGCUCAUGCUCAUGCUCAUGCUCAUGCUCAUGCUCAUGCUCAUGCUCAUGGACAUUCCAAUUAUCCUCCUUUGUUGGACCAAAUGGUUCUCCCUUCACUUGAAGAACUCGAACGAGGUUUGCUCAAUAUCAACAUUCAUAAUCAUAAUCAACCUGCUGAUGCGAAGCCCAUUGACACUGUCAUUCAGAUGGUCAUUUCCACUAUCAACAAUCUUCAUCUUGCUGACUACGUCCUCUUCAACUCUUUUUAUCACCUUGAGGCUUGAGGAUCAGGACCACAUGGCGACAAAGUUAUAUAUGGAGUACGAACCUCGAGCACCUCGAGGCAAGCUAAGGGAAAGAUUCAAAGAUCUAGAGAGACGGAAGAAUUGCAGAACCCUACAUCUGAUCUCCUGCUUUUAAUUUGUAAUGACAUUUAAUUGGCUUGGUAGGUUUUCUAAGACUAUACUAGGCCAGCUAUUAUUCUUAAAUUCUAUAUUAUGGGUUACUCCGUAAAUGGUAACUUUAGGUAAAAACAUUUACUUUUGAAUUGUGAGUACCAAACUUUGUUGGUUGACACUAAAAAUAAAUUUAA